CCCUUUUUAUCAAGAACUCAAGAGCCAAAGGAAAAUUUGAAAAGAAGAAAUAACAAUGGUGGUUUGAUUCAUCUUGAUUCUACCAAAGCAUGAUCCAUGGACAAAAUUCCCCAUUAAAAUAUACAAAAAAAAAAAAAAAUGGCAAAUCCAAGGAACUUGCAAUUCAACCAAUCCAUCAACGGUCCCGGCAUUACAAAAGGGGCAUGAAAGCCCAAUUUCCACUCUCUCUCUCUCUCUCUUCUUGCCUCUGUUUUUCUUCCGAGAUUCGCAGUUAUUGGAUGAUGUUGAUAUCGAAGGUCUGGAAAUGGUAUCGGAAUUGUCUCGCAACGCACCCUGUUAAGACUCAGAUCGUCAGUUCUGGAUUGAUUUGGGGAUUUGGCGAUGUUGCCGCUCAAUCUGUCACCCAUUUUACCGCGAGGAAGCGCAAUCAAAUUUCUGGAAGGGGUAUGUGCUUGGCACUUGGCAGCUCCGGCCACCUCAGAAAGGAAAACGAAUCUACUUCUACAUGUAAUUGGAAACAGCUUUGCUGGCGAUGAAGAUGAAAAACUAAAGAUCAAUUGGAGACGGGUUGCCACCACAAGCUUGUUCGGUUUUGGAUUUGUUGGACCUGUUGGCCACUUCUGGUAUGAAGGGCUGGAUAGGUAUAUAAAGUCGCGGCUUCAGUUGCAACCAAAAUCCUUUGGAUUUGUUGCCAGUAAAGUGGUUAUUGAUGAUUUGAUUUUUGGGCCAUUUGACUUGCUUGUGUUUUUCACUUACAUGGGUUUUUCAACCGGAAAGAGUCCUUCUCAAGUCAAGGAAGAUGUGAAGAGGGAUUUUAUCCCAGCCUUCAUUAUGGGGGGAAGCGUCUGGCCAAUUCUUCAGGUUGGAAAUUUCAGAUAUGUUCCAGUUAGGUACCAACUCCUCUAUGUAAAUUUCUUCUGCCUGCUAGAUAGCUGUUUCUUGUCGUGGCUCGAGCAACAACAGGAUGCUUCUUGGAAACAAUGGUUCAAAUCUUUUCCGAGUAUGAACAAGAACCAGGGCAGCCGAGACGGAGAGUUAUAGUUUCUGCUCUUCCAACAUCUUCUUCUUCUUCUUCUUCUUCUUCUUUAUUAUAUAGGGACCUGGUUAUCAAAUUUGACAAUACAUGCCAGAGGAAAUAAAAAGAAAAAGUUGAGAAAUGCCAAAUUAGGUUUGUGAAAUUGGGGAAUGGCAAUUGUAAAGUUGUUUUCGAGGUUAUCCAUUCCCAUUUUAGUUUCAAAUUCAAAGAGGGCUGCUGUUACUAGCUGUGGAUAGAGAGCCCCGCUUAUAGCAAAGUUUCUUCUUCAGACUUUUCCCCUAUUCUCCAUGGCGUUGAGAUUGUACUUGCUCUUGUAUCAAAUCCAUUUCAAAAUGUCAAUAAAGAUGGGUUUUCCUGUAUUUCAUACUCAGAUCU